AGAAAGAAGAUACUCCUCAACUCAAAUAAAAAACUUCAAAAACCUAAGUGGGGAGUGAAAGUCAUCUGCUGUCAGCCCGUGUUCUGUGUGUGAGCUAGAACUUCCUGCAUUUGGCGUGUUUUACCACUGGGUGUGUAGGGCAGCCAAGGCAUGGCGAUCUCACUCUGGGAAAACCAGACAACUAUAGUGGAAUUUGUGCUUCGAGGAUUCUCUUCCGUCCGACAGCUGAAUAUUUUCCUCUUUAUGAUAUUUUUAGUUUUCUACAUGUUAACUGUUUCUGGAAACAUCCUCAUUGUCUUGCUAGUUUUGGUCAGCUAUCACCUCCACACCCCCAUGUACUUCUUCCUGGUGAAUUUGUCCUUUCUGGAGAUCUGGUAUACCUCCAACAUUGUUCCCAAGAUGUUGCUGAUCGUCAUAGCUGAACAGAAAACUAUCUCUGUAGCUGGCUGUCUGACACAAUUCUACUUCUUUGGAUCCCUGGCUGCAACAGAGUGCCUCUUGCUGGCUGUGAUGUCCUAUGACCGAUACCUGGCUAUCUGCCAACCUCUCCACUAUCCCAUCCUCAUGACUGGCCCCCUCUGCAUGAGGCUGGCUGCCAGCUCUUGGCUCUGCUGUUUCUUCCUCACAGCAAUCACUAUGGUCCUACUGUCUCAACUAACCUUCUGUGGACCCAAUGAAAUUGAUCACUUCUUUUGUGACUUCACCCCUCUGGUCCAUCUCUCCUGCAUGGACACCUCACUGACUGAGACCAUUGCCUAUGCCACCUCUUCUGCAGUGACUCUGGUCCCAUUUCUCCUCAUCAUGGCCUCCUACUCCUGCAUUCUUGUUGCUAUCCUAAGAAUUCCCUCUGGCACAGGUCGGCAAAAGGCCUUCUCCACCUGCUCCUCCCACCUCACGGUGGUCACGGUGUUUUAUGGGACACUGAUUGGCACAUACCUCAUGCCCUCAGCCAACUCUUCCCAACUCUUGCACAAAGGGUUCUCUCUGCUCUACACCAUCCUGACACCCAUGUUCAACCCCAUCAUCUACAGCCUGAGAAACAAGGACAUCCACGAAGCCCUAAAGAAGUGCUUGAGUAAGAAGUCUGCUUUCCUCAGAUGAAGCAAAAAGGAAAAGAGCUGUGUCUGGCCAAGGGAUGGUGAAGUGGGUUGAAUAAUUUAGAAUUUGCAUAAAGACAACUGCCUAAACCAGGAACUACCAAAGCCAGAUGCCCAGAUGCCUCUGACUAUGGCUGUGGAGACUGCCGAGUUCUGACAGCCUCAGGUGAACUGGUGUCAUAGGAAUGGUCUAAGCAGGUCAGAUUCUGCUCCACUAUCUUCAGUAGACCUGGAUCCUUGUGUAAAAGUUCACCUUCAAAAUGAGUUGAUGAGGCUGGUCACUCACUCAUUGAAAUAUUCAUUGAGGGUCUAUUAUGUUCAAGGCACUAUGCUACAUAUAAGUGAUAAAAUUAACAAAAGCAGAGGCAGCCCCUGCUCUCACUGAACUCACAGUUUAUAAAGGGAAUACAAACAUUAAUCAAAUAACUAAACUACAUAUACAAAUGUAAAACCACAUUUGUGAU